AUCACUCUAAUGCUUUUCCUAAGGAAGGAACAUAAAUCCUCAAAAUGAGAAGUAACAGUACAAACAGUACAAGAGCAAAGUGCACUGAGCUUCAAAUGCCAUUUCAAUACUCCCUCUAUGCAACCACCUACAUCAUCAUAUUCAUCCCUGGUCUUCUAGCCAACAGUGCAGCCUUGUGGGUUCUAUGCCGCUUCAUUGGCAAGAAAAACAAAGCCAUCAUUUUCAUGAUCAACCUGUCUGUAGCUGACCUUGCUCAUGUGCUGUCCUUACCCCUUCGGAUUUACUAUUAUGUCAAUCACCACUGGCCUUUCCAGAGAACCCUUUGCCUAUUGUGCUUUUACCUGAAAUAUCUCAACAUGUAUGCCAGCAUUUGCUUCCUGACGUGCAUCAGCCUUCAGAGGUGCUUCUUUCUUUUCAAGCCAUUCAGAGCCAGAAACUGGAAGCGUAGGUAUGAUGUAGGCAUCAGUGCUGCCAUCUGGGUCAUCGUGGGUACUGCCUGUUUGCCACUUCCCAUCCUGAGAAGUACUGGCUUAGCUAACAACAGUGAAUCCUGCUUUGCUGAUUUAGGGCUUCACAAUGUUAGCAUAGCUUCCUCGAUCGGCAUGGUAACUGCAGCGGAACUUGGAGGGUUUAUAUUGCCAGUUGUAAUUAUUACCUGUUGCACAUGGAAAACAAGAAAAUCUUUACAAGAAGUUCAAGUGCCCCUUCAGAAUACUAAAGAAAGGAAAAAGGCUUUGAGGAUGGUCCUGACGUGUGCAGUGGUGUUCAUUUUAUGUUUUACCCCUUACCAUCUCAACUUCCCAUUCUUUAUGAUGGUGAAGCAACAGGUGUUCUCAAAUUGUUCCUUUAUUAAGAGCACUCUAUGUUUCCACAUCAUUUCACUGUGUCUUGCAAAUCUGAAUUGCUGUCUUGACCCAAUUGUGUAUUAUUUUAUGACCUCAGAAUUUCGUAAUCAAUUUUCCCAACAUGGCAACUUGGUUAUUCAGUCAUGUGUGAGAUGUAAGGAUGGUGCUCUGGAAAUUCAGCAAAGAAAAGAGGACCUUCAAACUAUCUCUCUCGAAUGUUUGGAUGAUUUCAAGACAAUGUAAUCAAACAAUUAGAAUAGCUUUUAUUCUUUUAAUAGUUGGCCUAUGUCAUUUUGAAGAUUUUUUCUAAAAAUAAUGUCAUCUUAAAGAAACAUGGCUUCUUUUCCUACAUCUUCAAAAUGAUUCUUCUGAAAAAAUUAUGACUAUAUCAACUUGUCUAAAUGGAAACAUAUUGUUCAAUGGAUUAUGUGAGAAGGUAUUUUUUUACAUAAAGUGUUGAACAAUGGACUGAAUUGCACCCUGUUCCUCAGUAAUUUGGUCUAAUGUUUUCACCUUCUCUUGAAAGAAAUAAAAAGUAAAGCGAAAACAGUCAUGAAUUUCAAACAUUGAAAAAUAUACAUCAGAACUAUAUGACUUUAACUUUAUUUAGAAAAUAUACACUACUUGAGCAACAGAGAUUAAAAAUGAAAGGCUUUUGAGUUUCAGGGCUUAUUUUUGAUGUGACAUGUGUUUUUAUAUACUUGUAUUAAUUUAGGAUAUAUUAUGUUAUAUUUGUUUAUUAAAAUCAACUGUGUCAUUGCCUAAAUUGAUUGCUUCAUAUACAACCAGAGUCACAACUUUGCUUGGUAUGUUUAUAUUGAUGCGUUAAUCAUGUACAUGCAUAUAGCUCGCCAGUUUCUAAAGUCUAGUACGACCUCAAUUUUCAGCAGUAUAUAAUCCUACCAUAAGUGCAGAAU